GUAGAUUUCUUAUCUCGUGUGGAACAUAUUUGCGUGACUCUUGGACAUCGCUAAAGUUCAAUAGCGCCUGACUCUUCGCGUUCCGCAUUUGAGCAACUUGAAAAUCCUCUUAUUUAGGGUGUACUGUUGUUCUGUGCAUUCACUCGCAUCCGGAGAAGAGUUGACCGGAAACCUGGGUUUCAUUCACUUAGUGGUUAGGGGAUGCAGCCUGCGGAUUGUGUCAUAGUGGAAAGAAGACUCCGCCCAAUUUAUGAGAGUCUUGAUAAUGGCUACUACAAGAAGGCGCUUCAGGAGGCGGAGAAAGUGCUCAAAAAGCAGCCGAAUUGUAGCUGUGCUAAAGUGCUUCGUGGCCUUGCGUUAUUGCGGCUUGGGAAAGUCGCGGAAUGUAACGAUAUUUUGAAAGUAGUAUUGGAAGACGUUCCUGCUGAUGAAAUGACCCUACAAGCAAUAUCCAUUUGCUUCAAGGAAUUAAAUCAGCAGGACAAAGUUUGUGAAGUGUACGAGAUGGCUCUCAAGAAAAAUCCUGGCAAGGAAGAACUUCUGUCACAUCUGUUCAUGGCAUAUGUCCGGGUUGGGAACUACAAGAAGCAACAUGUCACCGCUAUGAAUCUAUACAAAAUCAAACCGAAGAAUCCUUACUACUUCUGGGCUGUGAUGUCUGUUGUGAUGCAGGCACAUGAUGCAGAUGAGAAAACUAGGCAAAAUAUUUGUUUGCCUCUUGCUGAGAGAAUGGUUCAAAAGUUCGUCAAUGAACGGAAGAUUGAAUCAGACGCCGAAACAUACUUGUACCUGAUGAUAUUGGAUCUUAUGGGGAAAUGGGAAGAGGCCCUGAAGGUAUUGACCGCUUUGCCGGUUCCAUGGAGUGCGUCGCAUUCGGAUCUUUUCUCAGAGAAACGGCUGGACCUCAUGCGGAAACUAGGCCAAUGGAAUGAACUGCAUGCAUCUUACAAAAAUCUUAUUGAAAAAGAGUUGACUGUUUUACAAGCCUUAUUCCCUUCCAGUCCGGGUGAAUGGUCGCAUAUGAUGGGUUACAUGAACUCUGCGCUCAAAAUUUUGGACCAAGGAAAUGACGUUGAUUUGAAUGAAAUUGAGAGCUUCAUCAGUGAAGUGCAUAUGAAGUCAAAAACUCGUAGUGCUUCUUUGGCUCGCCUGGAACUGAUGAGAAUCCGAUCAGAGCGUGGCGAAAAAUCUUCCAAAUGCAUUGAUCUCUUGGUCGAGUAUUCCUACGAGUUUUCUCGCAAGCAGGCCUGUUUUGGAGAUUUAAAGCCGUAUUUUGCUGCCUGGCUCACGACCACUGUAACCAGGAAAGAGUUCUUGUCCCGAAUCAAGGAUUUUCGGAAGGACAUGAAUUGGCCUAAGGAUGUCACGGUUGAUACGCUGAAUCGAAGAAUAUUCUAUCUUCAAGCGGAACGGUGUUUGGGUCAUGUCGAAGAAUUGGAUGUGCCUGAGGUGAAGCAUUAUGUUCAAGAACGGCUUCGUGACUGGAAAAGCGCCGAGCACUUAUGUGUAGGGCUGCUCCCUACAGAUUAUCGUCCGACUGAUUAUCUGGCGCUUUUGGCUGUCUUUGGUUGUAUUGACUUGUGGAGAAGAGUGGUACAGUCAAGGGAGAGCGUGGAAUCGUGUUGGCGAGCUGAACGAAAUUAUCUUGUGAAAGCUAUUUGUAUUGCGGAAGAAGCGAUGGAAGUUUCUCCAGCGAAUCAUCAGUUCAAGUUGCAACUCGUCCUGCUGUACAGCUUCCUCGGAGGAGUUAAACAGUUGCCAGCGUUACAAGCUGCCAUGGAUAUCAAGCAUAUCAUUAUAGACACGCUUGGACACAUGUUUGCUCCCUUCAUGCUUCCGUUUGCUUUCUCUGGAAGUGCGUCGCAUUUUCGGGCCAUGCUGGCAUUUUAUGCCUCGGGACAAAACGAUACGAUGGAGAGCUUAAUCACGGCAUACAAGUACGGAACAUUUCACAAAGUCAAGGAAUUCAUAGAUUUUCGCGAUCGGAUCAGAAGCUCGCAGAUGUGCGCCUAUGUUCUGCGCGAGAAAGUCGUUGAAGAAGUUCUCAUCUUGCCGAGCAGUCAGUCACAAACUGAAGAUGCCUUGUCUUCUGCCAAGUCUCUCUUCGAAAGAUACCAUUGUAACGUUGACAGCUUAAGGGAUAACCGAGAUUUUAGAGUCACCGUUUGUAUUCAGCCCGAAGGCCGGGAUUUAUCAGCAGCGAAUAUAGAAGAUUCUAGAGUGUGGGAUAUCGCUUUCAUGCGGAUGAGAGACGUGAUGUUCAAAGCUCUCAGUAUCUGCUCUGGUUGCCAUAUUUUACCGAUUGGUGACGAUGUCAGCCCCGGUUCCAGUUUGCGAAGUCUGGCGGAAGAACUGAGGCAGUUGAUUUCGUCUUUAGCAGGGGAAACCAAUGGAGAAAUGAACGGAAAAGAGGAAGGUACGUUGGAAGUACCAACGAGUUCAAAGGAUGACGAGUAUUCUUUCAAGAUGAACUUACCUGCGAGGCCACGAUUGAAGGCAUUUUUAGGAGACGUCGAUCUCCUCGGUUGUGUGAGAUUAGCGGUGGAAUCUGCAAGUGUAGCUGCUGAAUGGUCUCCCAAGACCAAUAAUAUUGACAGUUCCUCGUUCAACGCCCUCCAUGAAUGCCUGGUGCAUUGUGUUCAUAGUGUUCAGAUGAUGCUGAAAUCCGAGGCAACGCAGUUACUGUUCAACGAUUUGGCACGCGUUAUCGAACGACUUACUGCUUUGGCUGAGACAAUAUCUUUCAUCGUUGCGUUGACGGGACUCGUGAUACUCAAGUUGAAGCCUCAUCCACUGAGUGGUGCUAAAAAGUCGAGUAAAAAGAAGAAAGAUCACGCUACGGAUGUGGACACCAAGCAAAACAGGUUCUUACUUGUCAUGGAAACGUUCGUCGAUCAGCUUGAGAGCAUUUUAGAGAGCUUGAUCAAUAUGCUGAGUCAGUUCAAUGCGGAUUCUACGGCUGCCCGACUUGAGUUUCAAAUGAAGCUGCAUGAUUCCUGCGAUGACUUCAUGGAAGAUCCACGGAGAGGAACGGUGUUGAGUGUGCUUCUCCGAAAUCAGGAUGCGUCUUUGUCUGAGCGGUUUUGCGGAGGAAAGACUGAACAAGCGUGCUCAGAUUGUUGUGCAGUUUUGAUCAUGAAAGUUACGGUUGAUGGAAGCAGCAGAAUGACGAAUAUUCACUUCUCCGUGGAAAAAAUGGAAAACGGAGUCGUAGAUUAUCAUAAGAAGUACAAAGAAAGGAAGAAGCAGUUCAAGUCCCUGAUAUACGAGAACGAAUCAUUCAAGGACCAACUGCUCAAGGCGCAACAUAAAUUGCUGAAACUGUCGAGGGAUCAGAAGUUUCUCAUGGACCGUCUUCUUCAUUUCGAGCAACCAAUGUCAGAUGCAGCAUCCUCCUCUGGUGAGGAAACUGACUCGACAGAUGAAGAUGUUCCUGAACCUGUCAUCAGCAAUAAAAGGAAGAAACCUGUGGUGGAGGAUGAGAAAGAGCCUCGGGUGAUGCCUCCACUGGUGACGGCGUCGAAGCCGAAGGCGAAGAGUGCCCCGCGGAAACCCUCCGUUCCCAAGGAAAAGAAGAAGCCCGAGCCGAAACGGCGUCCUAGAAAGUCGACCCCGACGUCCAGCUCGUCGGCAUCUCAACCACUGUCAGGUUCCACUCCCCCGGGUUCCGGCUUACUGCAGUCCAACGUGCAUUCCGGGGUUGGCCUGACAUAUGGAGUUAGUUCAACGUUGGCCAGCCAUUCGUUGAGCCAACUUGCCCGAGCAACUACUGUUGGUUCCCUGCAAGACUGGGCCCGUCGUGAUCAGAAUCCGUCUCGGUCAUCAGAUCCGCAAUGA